GGAAAAUUCUAUCAGCUGGGCUAGUGACUUUACCUUUUAUAAAUUUGCCUGGAUCUGAGCUAAUUGAAAUGAGAUAGUCGAUUUGGCUUAGCAGCCAUAGGCAAAGGACACUUGGAUAAUGCACAACGAUUAUUGUAGAGCGUGAACGGCAUAAAAACAAUUCAAAUAGUAAUUAAAUGAAACUUUUUUAAAAAGAAAAAUUUUAGAACGAAAUAAUGUCAAUUUUUGGCGAUGAAGGUGGAAUUGAGGAUUUGUUAAAUGACAAUAUACCUGGGGGAGAUGGAGAAGAAAACGACCAAUUAUUUGGAGAUGAUGAGGCCCAAGAAGCUGGUGAAGGCGUAGAAGGUGCAACACCAUCUGCGGAAGGAGCAGUGAAGGUGCAGCCCAAAAAGAGGGCUGUGCUUAAUCCAAGACCUCGCCUUACUGUGGAAACUCUUCGCGGCUCUAGAGGUAUACAUACAAUUGAGGAUUACUUCAAGGACAUAACAUUCAAAGGUAAGGGUAAUGAAAAGCAGGAUUUGGAUGAAGUUUUGAGAAGACUACAACAUUGGGGACAUCGCAUGUAUCCCACAUACAAAUUUGAUGAUAUUCUGGCAAAUAUUGAACGUUUGGGUAAGAAAAAGACGCUACAAGUACACAUGUCUCGAUAUAGGCUAGGAAUGCUUGAGAAAGCUCACGGUGAAAUGCAUGACGGUAUUGAAGAUGCAGAUGAGGAUGGGGCCGAAGGGGCAGCACCCGAUGAGCCUUUUGAUGAAUUCGAUGCAUUGCUAGAUGAACAAAUAGCCAUCUCAAAAAUUGCUCCACGUACUCCGGCUAGUAAUUCAUCGAAAUUUGGAGGUUCAAAUGCCAAUGCUUCUAUGGCCAGUACCUCUUCGUCUUUUGCUACUCCAUCGUUUUCCAGAGGGAAUGCAAUUAUUUCCACACCUUACUCAGGCAUACAUAAUUUGCAUGAUACAAGUGAUCUUGCCACACCAUUGCCUCCAAGCCAGCCAUCAACACCAAGUGCAAAGCAACAACUAACUGCUGAGCAAAUGGCCCGUAUUGCCGAAAAUAGACGAUUGGCUCAAGAGCGUCUAGCCGCAAAAAAGUUGGCAGCAGCAGCAGCUGCUCACCAACAUGUACAGGAGGAUCACCCAUCGACGGAAGAAUAAAAAUUACUUUUUUUAGCAUUUUAUUUGUUAAAAAAUAUCCUUUAGUGAUGUCCGUUUUAAAAGAAAUAAGAGCGCUUAGCUUUCAGAUUCAUUGUAAUUAAUAAAAAAGAUUUAUUGAAAAAAGAGUAAA